GCAGCAACACAUUGGUGAGAACAGGGAAGCAGGCGCGCGGCACGGGGACCCGCCGGAAGAAGCAGCAGCAGCAGCUUCAACGCGAGCUGGACACAGACCGACAAAACACCGGCAGCACGAGCGACACCGAGGCGGUCAGCGGGGCGGAGAGGAGGAGGAGGAGGCACCUGCACCGCCACUCGUUCUCCGUCGUCUCUCCCUCUCUGUCUUCGCUCUCCUCACCCCUCGAUCCUCUCGGACCGCCGCCGCCGCUUCCUCGUUAAGAUGGCUGACCCCAGCAGCGACGGAGAGGCACCGGAGAACGCGCGCGUCUUCGCCCGACAGGGAGCCCUCCGCCAGAAGAAUGUGCACGAGGUGAAGAACCACAAGUUCAUCGCGCGCUUCUUCAAGCAGCCCACCUUCUGCAGCCACUGCACGGACUUCAUCUGGGGCUUUGGGAAACAAGGAUUCCAGUGCCAAGUGUGCUGUUUUGUGGUCCAUAAGCGCUGUCAUGAAUUUGUCACCUUCUCCUGUCCGGGGGCCGACAAGGGACCUGCCUCCGACGAUCCUCGUAGUAAACACAAGUUUAAGGUCCACACUUAUUCUAGCCCGACCUUCUGUGACCACUGUGGCUCCCUCCUCUACGGGCUGAUACACCAGGGCAUGAAAUGUGACCACUGUAUGAUGAACAUCCACAAGCGGUGUGUGGCCAACGUCCCCAGCCUGUGUGGGACAGAUCACACCGAGAGGAGAGGAAGAAUCCACAUCUCUGCCCAGAUCGCUGACGACACUCUCACCGUCACCAUCAAAGAGGCGAGGAACCUGGUGCCCAUGGACCCCAACGGCCUGUCAGACCCCUACGUCAAGCUCAAGCUGAUCCCAGAUCCCAAGAGUGAGAGCAAGCAGAAGACCAAGACAAUCAAAUGUUGCCUCAACCCCUGCUGGAAUGAAACCUUCAUUUUCAACCUAAAAGAAACUGAUAAGGACCGCCGUCUGUCAGUGGAGAUCUGGGACUGGGAUUUGACCAGCAGGAACGACUUCAUGGGGUCCCUGUCCUUUGGGAUCUCAGAGCUACAGAAACAAGGGAUAGAUGGAUGGUUUAAGAUGCUGUCCCAGGAGGAAGGAGAAUACUUUAACGUUCCCGUCCAGCCAGAUGGAGAGGACGGUAACGAGGAGCUGCGACAAAAGUUUGAGAGGGCGAGGGUGGGGCCAGGGAAGCCUACAGACUCUUCCUCUUCCUCCUCGGUGUGCAAGUAUGACAGCAAUGGCAAUCAGGACCGGGUCAAGCUCUCAGACUUCAACUUCAUCAUGGUUUUGGGCAAGGGCAGCUUUGGCAAGGUGAUGCUGGCGGAGAGGAAGGGCACGGAUGAGUUGUAUGCAAUCAAAAUCCUGAAGAAGGACGUGGUGAUCCAGGACGAUGAUGUGGAGUGCACCAUGGUAGAGAAGAGAGUUCUCGCGCUGGCUGGGAAACCACCAUUCCUCACUCAGCUGCACUCCUGUUUCCAAACCAUGGACCGAUUGUAUUUUGUCAUGGAGUAUAUAAAUGGAGGAGACCUUAUGUACCAGAUCCAACAAGUCGGCAAGUUCAAGGAGCCUCAUGCUGUGUUCUAUGCUGCAGAGAUUGCCAUCGGACUCUUCUUCCUUCACUCCAAAGGCAUCGUGUAUCGGGAUCUGAAGCUGGACAACGUGAUGCUUGACGCUGAAGGCCAUAUAAAGAUAGCUGAUUUUGGCAUGUGCAAAGAGAACAUGUAUGAUGGAGUAACCACAAAGACUUUCUGUGGAACACCAGACUACAUCGCUCCAGAAAUCAUAGCUUAUCAGCCUUAUGGGAAGUCUGUGGACUGGUGGGCCUUUGGAGUCCUGCUCUAUGAAAUGCUUGCUGGACAGCCGCCUUUUGACGGGGAGGAUGAAGAUGAGCUGUUCCAGUCGAUCAUGGAGCAUCACGUCUCUUACCCUAAAUCCAUGUCCAAAGAAGCUGUUGCUAUCUGCAAGGGGCUGAUGACAAAGCACCCAGGUAAGCGUCUGGGCUGCGGCCCAGAGGGGGAGAGAGACAUCAAGGAGCACGCCUUCUUCCGCUAUAUAGACUGGGAAAAACUGGAGAAUAAAGAGGUCCAACCGCCUUUCAAACCGAAAGCUUGUGGGCGUGAUGCGGAGAACUUUGAUCACUUUUUCACGCGCCACGCCCCUGUGCUGACCCCCCCAGAUCAGGAGCUAAUAGCCAACCUGGACCAGGAAGAAUUCCAAGGCUUCUCAUUUGUUAACCCUGAGUACCCUCACACAACUCACUGACCAUGCCACACAUCACUGGGCUGCACUAGUAAUCCCCCAACACCUC